AUCAAAGAAAGAUAUCUCAGCCUUGUCGUUCAGAACGUCGGCUUCGUUUACACGGCUGACAGCAACUGGCAGCGGCGAUCGACUGCGCCUCUCUCUCUCUCUCUUUCGCUCUCUUUCCCUCCUUUUCCAGAGAGAACGUAGUUCGUUCGUCUAUAGUCCACCAGCCGUCGAUCACCAUGGCCGCCAUCGCCGCCGUUGCUGCCGUCGCCCCGAGCACAUUCGCCGGCCAGACCGCUCUCAAGGAGCAGAGCGAGCUCAGCCGCAAUGUCGGCCAGUCGGAGUCUCGCGUUGUCAUGAGGAGGACCGUCAAGUCCAGCGACAGCCUGUGGUAUGGUCCCGACCGCCCCAAGUACCUGGGCCCGUUGUCCGGUGAGACUCCGUCGUACUUGACUGGCGAGUUCCCCGGCGACUACGGCUGGGACACCGCUGGACUGUCCGCGGACCCCGAGACCUUCGCUCGCAAUAGGGAGUUGGAGGUCAUCCACGCCCGCUGGGCCAUGCUCGGCGCGCUCGGCUGCCUCACUCCCGAGCUGUUGGCCAACAGCGGCGUCAAGUUCGGCGAGGCUGUGUGGUUCAAGGCCGGCGCUCAGAUCUUCUCCGAGGGUGGGCUGGACUACUUGGGCAACCCCAACCUCGUCCACGCUCAGAGCAUCUUGGCCAUCUGGGCCUGCCAGGUGGUGCUCAUGGGCGCCGUCGAGGGUUACAGAGUGAACGGCGGACCACUCGGAGAGGUGGUGGACCCCCUCUACCCGGGCGGCAGCUUCGACCCCUUGGGCUUGGCCGACGAUCCCGAUACCUUGGCUGAGCUGAAGGUCAAGGAGCUCAAGAAUGGCCGCUUGGCCAUGUUCUCCAUGUUCGGCUUCUUCGUCCAGGCCAUCGUCACCGGCAAGGGCCCAUUGGAGAACCUGAACGACCAUCUGGCCGACCCGGUCGCCAACAACGCCUGGGCCUACGCCCAGAACUUCGUCCCUGGAUCUUAGAUGUCUAGACUAUACCCUGUAUACAGCCUAAUCCACCAGUAGCCUCAUACUAACAUAGCACAAAGCUGUACUUAGCUUUUUCCUCAAGGGCAGCUCAUGCCCAGAAUUAGACAGGAGAUGGUAUGGCCAGGGGGGCGAGAUCUCUUGACCAUGUGUACUAAGUACUAGUUGCUCUGCUCCUAACACCGGUUGUAUGGCUAGAUAGCACCGCGGCCACACCUUUCAGUCGUAGCGACUCAGGAGUCGGGAGGACUUCGUGGCAUUCAGCGAUCAGGUCGCUGAUCCUUCGGAGUCCAUACGGAGCCAACAAUCGUAGGAACCGGGCUUAAUAUUUUGAGUCAGUGACAAUGCCGUCUGUAUAUAACACCUAAUCAGUCAUCCACUGAUCCCUAAUAACUGUAUUCAAUGUGUUUAUGUGACUUAAAGUUUAUGAUUCUCUUAUCAGUUUGCAAAUUCAUGCUUUUAUUUUAUGCAUGCAUUAUAGUGUGCUGUGUGGCAUUGGGAGCUUCCGUCAGGAUUUCUAUUCAUCAUCUGUUUGCUAGCAGUGGCAUGUAUGUACAAUCCCACCACGAGUAGCCAGGUGCAGGUUUGAG